UAUCUUCGUCAGAUAUACUUAAAUCAUAGAUCAGUUCAGUUUGAUUUGCGGUCAUGCUUCGUCCGGGCCUUUUCUCUGAAGUGACCCGGCCUGUGUCAACUAUUUCUAGGCCGGGCCACUCCAGACUACGAAGCAUAUACAUAUCAGACGUAAGCUGAUGAAUCACCUGACCCCCGUGACCUUGCAUUCAGGAGUCGCAUAAUUGCUGCCGCGACCCAGGACAAUUUGAAGCUUCCAGAGGCGGUGUUAACAUUCUCCGUCGCGAUGUAUGCAGAUUUCUUAAUUUUCCUUUUCUGUUUGUUCAACCCUCCAUGGGUUACUUCAGCUUCCUUCCAGUUCGGUAGAUGUCCUGUGACAUGUAUAUGAACCACCAUGACGCUGGAAGUCCUGUGGUGAAGAAGGUCGGCUCGAUGUUCGCUGAUCCUGGCACUGAGGUUGCGUCUCGUUUCACCAAAGUAUGAAUUAUGGGAACUACUGCAGGGUAUGCGAUAUGCAGUACUGUUGAGGUUGCUCAAGCUGCUCUUCCUCCCUACCUCUCUCUCUUCUUCCCCCCACCUCUCUCUCACACACUCUCCCCUCUUUUUCUUUCACUCUCUCUCCCCCUCCCUCUCUCUUUCUUUCACGCUCUCUCUGUUUCUCUCCCUCUCUCCCUCCUUCCAUGCACACACACAGUGUAUACUUCUACACACACAUAUGUUUGUGUGUGUGUGACAGCUUGCAUAUGCAGGUAUUUUAUCAACAUCUAAUCUAUGAUCUUAUUAAGGAAUUCAGCCUCACCUUGAUUCCCUUAUGGUUUUGCAAAUAAACGUUAUUCAUGAACUGUUUACAAAGCUUACUGCUCAGCAAACAUGCCUUCGACGUCGUAAACAAAAGCGACAAGUACCCUUUCAGUCAGGCCAUGGUCACGCGAUACAACAAUAUGUCACAAUGGAAGCUGGCAAUGUCGUUUGCAAUAAAUAAGAAGUGGUUCGAUACUUGGCCAUCGUCGGGCGGCUCCGCAGGGCUCCUUCGGACCAAGGCAUCGGGACCGGACCGACCGCAGCUCGAGCUCCCUCUGUCAGUUCCGCCGCGAUGGUGCUCGUCACGCUGAGUGUGCUGGUGAGCCGGUCCGGCUAUCGCAUCCUGGGCGCCUGCCUGAAGAUCAUCAGGGCUCUCGGGGGCUUCCCCUACUCCUGGAAGGACGUCGAGCGCCCCAGCAGAAGCUUCGAAAAGGCUUUGGGCAAGAUAAAGCCCCGGGCUGGAAUCCUGAACGGCCUGCCGUACUUCUUCGAGAAAAAGUUGUCUCUGGCGGUGUACUCUUGGCUGUUUACGGCCCUGAUGGCCGUGCACACGGGGGCGUAUACCGUCCUGAAAGUCCUGCAGAGCAAGGACCUGGCCACGACCACUGCGGACGUCGCCCAGACCAUCGGCAUGGUCGUCGUGGCCGUGUCCUCCUUCGGGCUGCUCUCCAACCUGGCCUUCAACAACCCCAGCCUAUUCGUCCUGGCGUCCAGGCUGCACGCCAUCGUCUCCCACGCGCGCGAGCAUCCCUGGAAGCCCCACAGGGACGUCCUGUUCAUGAUCACGCUGCUGGUGUGCGAGGCCACCUUCGCCGUCGACUGCUACGAGUGCACGCACCACAUCGUCAACCUCAUCCUGUACACGGAGGUCACCUUCAUGGUCAUGUACCUCAGCCUCGGGUUCUUCCUGCUGCUGGUGAUGCUCAACGCCGUCAUGGCCGGGACCAUGUUCCUCUACUACGCGCUAUCGCGGUUCAUGGCCUCGGGCUACGAGCACAUCCUGCACGCGCCCAAGGCCCGCCUGCCGCGGACCAGGAGCGGGCGCGUGGAGGAGCCCCAAGUGGCACCCGUGUUCCUGCCGUCGCCGGCGGGCGAGGCCGAGGCCUCGUUCGUGCGUCUUCUGGCCGCGAAGGGGAAGGGCGAGGUUUCGGUCACGGCCGUGUCGCACGAGGACCUGCGUCUUGCCGAGGACAUCGUCGAGGACCUCCACGAGUACCAGCGGCGCUUCAACAAGUACUUCUCCCUGGCGGCGCUGCUGGUGCAGCUGCAGUCCGUGAUCACCGUGACCGUGUCCAUCUUCGUGGUGUUCACCACCGGGGGAUCCAUGGGGGUCUACGCCAGGAUCCUCCACCAGACCUGCUUCCUGGUCCUCCUGUGCUGCGGACCCGACGGCGUCAACUUCAGGCGCGAGCAGCUCUUCACUUCCAUCAUGGAGCUGAGGAGGCGAUGCGACGGAGACAUGGACAGCAAGAUGAGCAGACUCCUGGACCUCCUGCACACCUUCCCUGACUACGACAUGGGGAGGUGUCUGACCCUAAGCAGGUCCAAUCUUAUAAGCAUUUCUGGCUUCGUUGCGACUUAUCUGGUGAUCCUCGUGCAGUUCAAGCAAGGAGAGAUGUAGGAGCGAAGGGACACGCACUCGCUCGGACGCACACGGAAUUAAUGUUUGUGUGUGCAUGUGUGUGUGUGUAUGAA